GUUUUAUCGAUGACGUCAUCUCGGUUCUAUUUUUAAAUCCGGGGAAGUCUGGCCGUCAAUCGGCCAUUUCCGUUCGGCGCCAUGUGACUGAAACGGAAGUCUGUUGUCGUCUGUUUACUAACAAACCAUGGGUAAAGUGUGCGUAGUGUUAGGUUGCCGAAAUCGAGAUAGUCACAAACAGCCAGGAAUCAAAUUCCACAGGAUUCCAAAAGAUGAAGAAAGAAAACAGCUUUGGAUAAAGGCAAUAAACCGAAGGGACCCUUUAACAGGAAAAGUUUGGAUAUCUGGUGACGAGGGAGCCAGAGUGUGCAGUGUCAGUGAACAUUUCAUUGAUGGAAAAUGUGAUGAUCCAAAAAGCCCUGAUUAUGUACCUUCUCUGAAAAUGGGAUAUGGUAAUUGUGAUGUAAAUGCAGUUUCAUCUUCUAAAAGUGUUGACAGAUAUAAAAGAGCUGUUAAAAGAACUGCUGAUCAAAAGGAGAGAGAAUGCAGAAUGCAGUUGGACUUAUUGAUGACAGCUGAUGGCAAAGAAAAUGAUCAUCUGCCAUUACAAGACUUAGACUGCAAUGUAGACAUGGAAGACAAAAAUGGUAAAGGAGAAUAUGAAAAUUGCAGUAUAUUAUUAAAAAAUGCCAAAAGUGAAAACAAAAUCCUAAUAGAUCAACUUCAACAACUGCAGUUAGAAAAAAAUGUUUUAAAUAAUAAACCACCUUAUAUGAGGGCUUCUAGUCUAUCCCUGGAGAAAACAGAAGAAACAACAAAAUUUUAUACCGGAUUGCCAUCUUAUACAUGUUUUAUUUGGUUGGUGAACUUUGUGACCUGUAUUUUACCUUCUUCCAAUAUUUUGAGUUCAGCAGACAUUCUUCUUUUGGUUUUAAUGAAAUUACGUUUAAAUUCUCCACAUACUGAUAUCUCAUUUCGUUUUGGAGUUUCUCUUAGUUUAGUUACCAAUUUAAUUGACAGUGUCAUCCCUCAAUUAGCCCACAAAUUAAAAUGGUUGAUUCAUUGGCCAAAUAAAGAUGAUAUUUUACGCUCUAGACCAGAUUGCUUUAAGGAGGCCUUUCCCAGAUGUGUUUCUGUUAUUGACUGUACAGAAGUUUAUAUAGAGACUCCAUCAAAUUUUACAGCCAGAUCUUGUACUUACAGUAACUAUAAGCACCACAAUACAAUUAAGUUUUUAGUCAGUAUUGUUCCGUGUGGAAGUAUUUCUUUUGUUUCACGUGCAUUUGGGGGAGGACUCCAGAUAAAUUGAUUUCUCUUAAAUCCGGUUACCUUGACUUUAUACAUCAUGGUGAUGUUGUCCUAGCAGACCGUGGCUUUCUUAUUAAAGAUGAAUUAGCAUCGAGAGGGGCUGAAUUAAUUAUACCAUCAUUUGUAAAGGGAAAAGACCAGCUAAGUGCCUUUGAAGUGGAAAGAAGCCGAAAUAUUGCACAUGUAAGAAUUCAUGUUGAAAGAGAAAUGGAACGACUGAAAAAUUUCCGUAUUUUGUCUGGAAAGAUGUCAUUGAAUAUGGUGCCACAUUCUGACAGUAUCAUGACAAUUUGCUCUGCUAUUAUAAAUAUGCACCCUAAUAUUGUUCAAUAACAGAUUAACACAUUUCCCUUGAUUAUAGGUAAGGCCAUUGAAAAUUUAAUAUUGGUUUCCCCUAACACAAGAAAAUUUUAAAAGGUCAGCAGGCAAGAAAAACUUUAUUUUUCUAUUAUUGUAGUUCGAAAUAUCUACCAGACUACAAGAAAAAUGUUGACAUCAUAUCUGAUCUAUAUUGUGAUGUCACCUACUUUAAACUUGAAGAAUGAUAAAUAAAACAUUAUUUUGAGAAAUGGUCAGACAAGGAUCAUUUAUAGUUUAAGAGCAAGUAUUACUGGAGGGUGAAAACAGACCCAACAGACUUUAGGUAAACCAACAAUCUUUUUUCCAUGGCCUUAAAAUUACUAAUUUUCAUAUCUCAUCAUGUACAUAACAACAUGUUUCUUGUUGUUUUGUCUAGCCAACAUUGACUUUUAAAACAAAUUCAAUUUUUGAUAUCUGUAUUCAAAUUCAAGAAGUUAUUGUAGCAAAAAUUGCUGAGGCAUCACCGAAAGAUAAUUGUUCUGCAGAUUUUUUUGUUCAGCAUUAUUAUUUUUCAAUGAAUCUUAUAAGGUGCUGAAAAAUAUUGGUGUCUGACAUUUAAAUAAACAGUAGAAGGAGUAUUGUUAUUACUAGGUAUACUUGUUUUUCAUUUACUGUAAAGCUUUUAUGAAAAAUUGACCAUAUAACCUAUUAAGAAACUCAAUCACUUGAUUUUGAGACUUACAACUCUUUACAAUUUUUUUUUUGGAAUAUGCCUUUUGCAGAUACAUACAAUGCACCCAUAAUCAGAAACGGAUUAAGGGUGGGGCAGGGUGUCCCCUCUUUUGUUUGAAAAAAUUUGGUUCAUUAUAUAGGAAAUCACUGAAGCAUGACUGGAGCUGGCCCCUCUAAGGCAGUCAGUGCCCCCUCUUUAUGAUAAUUUCUGGAUCCGCCAAUGAUAAUAUAUUUCAAAAAGAUUUUUUUUUAUUUUUGUUAAGAAUGUAUCCUUAUCCAGUUUCAGAUAAAUGUUCAAUUUAUCUACAAAAUUAACAAUAUCAAAUUUAUAAAAAAAAAUCCAAAAUCUUAUGAGAACCUCGCAAUACACUUGAAGUUGUUAUUAUAUUAAUUUUGGAACAGAUUGAAAGACUAAAAAAUCGUUGUGAAAUUAAUUCUGGAAAAAAAAAUUCUUUUGAAAAUAUGAUGUAAAAAUUUUUCAAUUAUAAUGGAUAAAUGAAAAUCCAGAAUCCUAAACUAAAAUUGUCUAGAAAAAAUUUAUUCAAGUAUUAAGUGGUACACCAAGUGUUAUCCAUGCUUCAAGAAGAGGUUAUUUUGUAAAUAUGUUUGAUGGCACACUACUUCCACAAAUUAUUUUUUACAUUUUGGACAAAGCCACUUUCCCCUUGGUUUCCUUACAAUGUUAACACAUUGAUAAUGGAACCAUCCAAUAUCACAUGAGUCUCCAUCACAAAAAAUCAUCUUGCCAUAUUCUGGUUCUUCACACAAGCAAUACUUCUCUUUUGUGACGUCAUUGACUGAAGUGUUGGCUACUUUAUAAUCAUGUAGCAAUUUCCAGGUAAGUAG